UUUUCAAUUGUCAGACAGUCUUUAAAUUUUUAAAAACGGGCUGUUGCCGCCUCAAACACUGUACUAGAAGCAUUGCAAAUUUAAACCAUGAAACCUUCAUCGUCACCAUGCAAUGCUUGUUUAAAUCCCAGACUGUCGAUAAUCUCAGUUUUAUGUCGAAUUUGUUACGACAACGAUAAAGACGAAGCGUUAAUAGCUCCAUGCCACUGCAAGGGUACCGUAGCUUUUGUUCAUCGCAGCUGCCUGGAACGCUGGUUGGCCGAAUCUAAUACAACCAUGUGUGAGCUCUGCCACGUAGUAUUCAGAACGGAGCGUUCACCUAAGUAUACAUCCAGGCAAUCUAUAUGGAGGUGGUUGAAAAGCCAUCCUCCCGGUGGUAUUGGAAGAGGUGUACGAAGCGAUAUUAUAGCGUGUACUGUGAUAACCCCAGUGGCUAUCAUAAUUACGUACGUUUGUCUCUUCUCAUCUGACUACUAUAAUCAGAAAAAGUUUAUCAUGGUCCCUGCAGCUCGCUGGACGUCGGUAUCACUACUUAUAAUGAUAGGGAUUAUGUUGAUCGGAUACUAUUUAUGGGUCUAUUCAGUCAUUAGGUUGCAUUCAAGACUGUGGUAUAAUUGGUGGCAGAGGGAGUGUGUGGUAAGAUAUAUACCUCCGAGUGCAGCGCACAUUUGUUGUCAUAAUGCCACUGAGAUCGAGAAUCCAGUUAAUACACCAGUAUCGACAACAGUGUCUACGGCAGUUUCUACACCCCUAUCAAUAGAAAUUCCUAUUUUUGAAGACGAAUAUGACGAUGUAAGAAGUAGGCAAGAUGCAGAGACAGAGGUUGAAGAGGGGAAUUUUGGUCUUGUGGACGAAACCAAUGUGACUGAAGAAGCAAUUAUGGUUGAACAAGUGCUUAUGUCUGAAGAAGCGAUUGUCACUAAUGUUGUUAGGCACGAACAAGUUGUUAUUGUUGAAAUGCCCGAAAAUGAGGACAUUGGCGAAGGAGAUAAAUCUGCGCAAUACGAAAAUAAAUCAACCAGUGCAUAG